ACAUGUCAUCACAAAGUAUUAACAACGAAGAAUUUUUACAAAUUCUAAAUAAUAUGAAAAGUGAACCGUUGUCUCCACUACUUGGCGAAGAAGAAUUCGCAGAUAUAAUAAACGAGAUGAAAAUUGAAUCACUUUCGCAAACAAUGUCUCAAGAAUUAUUACCAGAUUUUUGGAAUAUGGAUGAAUAUUAUUUAAAUAUAGUUAAUGAAAUAGAAAAUCCUGCAUCAUAUUCGAUGAUCGAUGCGGGGCAACAUCAAACUUGGUUAAAUGAAACGAAUCAGUUAAAUAAUGAAUCAGUUAAUGGAAAUUGUCUUCAUCUCGGAGCACAUCCAUGGUUGAAUUUUGAUACGGAAGAAGAUUUAUUGGACCUAAUAACACAGGGAACGUGGGUUGAUGAUGUAAAGACAUCAGAUUACCAAGAAAUGAUAAUUAAUGAAAUAGAAAAUCCUGCAUCAUAUUCGAUGAUCGAUGCGGGGCAACAUCAAACUUGGUUAAAUGAUACG